GUGAAGGAACACACGGCUGGUAAUUUAGGACGGACUGCUACUCAUGAAGUGCGCAUGCGAAUAACACAAAAUAAACCGAUGAUUGCGAUGUAAUACGUACUGAAGUCAUCUACAAUGUCGGACGAAGGAGAAGAGGACAGGCAAAAGUCAUUCAAGCUGUUGGGGAUAAUUGACGUUCAGAACACUCCGUGUGCACGAGACUCCGUGCUCCAUGGUGCAGGAGGGUCCCUUGUCGCAGGGUUGGGACACUUUUUAGUAACAAGUCGAGUCAAAAGGUCUUUUGACUUUGGUGCUGCGGGAUUCUUGCUGACAACUCUUGGAUCUUGGUUCUACUGUAGGUAUAGUAAUGCUAGGCUUCGUAUGCAGCAGAAAGUUAUCCAGGAUGGAAUAAAAAACAAAGUUAUAUAUGAAGGAACCAGUCUAGAUCCCUCCCGGAAAUCAGAUGAAGGCCCAGGCUGAAGCUCAUGAUGUCGCUCUCUGACCCAGAGAAUUAUUCAGAUCCUUUUCCAGCCUUUCAGUUCACCUGAACGGACACACCAGAAACGAUGGGAAAUUGUUUUUGCCAGUUUUUUUGUAACUGUGUGAUGAAUCAGUUUUAAUGUGUUUGUUAUUAUGAUUUGUAUUUUAAAAUAAAUUUGUACAAGCAUG